CGAAGAACCGAACACAACAGUUGAGAACGAAAGAUCGCACCAUCACUACGUCUCGUUCAUGCGAAAAGUUAUUCUCUUCGUCACACUUUAUUGUGACUGCAAGUGGAGUGAAACUUUAACUUAAAAAAGUUACAUUGAGAACAUUCAAAGCGUAUUGUGUUCAUAAUUGUCGGAUACCACCUCAAUUACGUUCCGGUUUUGUUUGUUUGACAGCGUCGCCGAUGCACUAAUUGCUGUUUGUGGAGCAAGUUCAAGAUGGCGUAAAACACGGCGAAGAUGCGGUGGUUCAAGAAAGGCGAGCCGCCUCGGCUGCUCGCCGUCUCGCCGGAGACCGAACCGCGGUCUACGCGAAGAUCCAGAAUCGAUCUGUCUCCAGUGCGCUACAGCAAUCGAAAAAGUAGCAGCAGCUCGGUGGAAACAAACUUUUACAAUCUCAGCGACCAAAUCAUUAUCGUCGAGAAGUCCCCGCAUCGGUGCCAUAGAGGCGGCGAGACUCCGGUCACCCGCCGCAUAUCGCUACAAAACGGGCCCACCUCACCACAGGACGGCUAUAAUGAAACUCGUAAAAACCGCGGAGGCUCUUUGGAAAAAGAGUAUACCGUAUAUCGCGAAAAGCGAAACCCGUUGCUUGACAAAGUAAAGAACACCAAGCUAUCAUGCUUCAAGUCUAAUGGGCCAUUACGACACGCGGAAGAUGCUGCGUCAACCUCAGGAAGUGACUGCAGCGGAUUUGGCCACGUCGAGGACGCAAACCAUUGCCGCUACGCGGGCAAUUACUCUGAGGCUCACAUAGAAUUCGAAAACCAAAACCCUUGGGUAAAAAUGCCAAAUUAUGACGACGAUGUUUUCUUCGCCAAAGGCAUGACUAGUCCUAUUGAAAACCAAUGGAGGGAAGGCAAAUCGUUUACUAAUCGAGGUGCGAGAUGUUAUAGUUCGGGCUCUGAAUGCGACCGUUACCACGCAAUACCUAAAGUAGGAGCUAAGCUAUCAAAAUCCAGUGACCAAAUUUUCAAUGACGACUAUGAACCUUAUGACGAUGCACCAGUGGCAAUGAAAUCUCAUAACAUGAGCAAGACUGAUAAAUAUAAGAAUAAUAAACCCGACAAAGAUACUAUCGGCCCCAGUUCCUGCUUAUCGGCUAAAUUAAGAGCAAUGUCAGAUCGGUAUUUAAAAUCGUCGACUAAUAAGUUCCUUUCAAAAUUAUACCGACCGAAUGGCGAAAACGAGGACGAAGUAAAUGGAAGCAACGAUAACAUUUUAAAAUCCAGUGGUUCUAGUAAAAGCAGGAAGAAAAGAGGUGGGGUGAAAGCAAAACUACGUAGUUUUUCUUAUGGAGCUUUGCCUGGCUUGGACGAGUUCCAAAAAACAAGCACAUCCGUGUUCCAUGAUGACGUUUACCAAGUUUCAUGUGAUGAUGAAAACGUUUUAAUUCAAGACUGUGAAGAUGCUGACUCUGGAAUCCUAGUCAAUGAAUCUGCAGCAUCUUCAAUUUUUGACAGUGAUAGAAUCUCUUCCCGAUGUGAAAGUUCUGCUUCACAUAUUAAUCCUUUAGCGCCGUGUCAUGGUAGGAGCGUUUCUGGUGAUCAAAGCUACCCUAAACCGAGAUCAUCAGGGAGGUUGAGUAGAGAAAGAAUAAGUGAUCAUCCUAAACCAAGACCACGACAUACCCAAAGAGCUUUAUCGUUAGAUCGCAAAGAGAUACUUAGGCGUAUGCCAAAGAAUAAUAGUAAUAGUGAUUACGCAGAACCACAAUACUUACAACUUACUGAAAAACAAAAGAUGCGGCAGAGAGAUGCUAGUUUGGGAGAUACGGGAAUCCCGCCAAUACCACCUUGCAGGAAACCAUCAAGAGGAGGAAAAGCAGAUAAGGGGCAGUCUGAAUUUAAAGUUGUUAGAAUAAUGAGAAGAAAUCCAUCGGACGAACUGGGAAUAUUCAUCGCUAAAACAAAACUGUCUGAUGAAGGUCACGUAGGCUACUUAGUUGCUCACGUCGUUCCUGGAGGUUUAGCUGAAAAGGAAGGCACGUUGCGCAUUGGGGACGAGUUGCUCAAUGUGAACGGACGCCGACUCCGGGACCUGACGAUGGCUGAGGCGAAAGACGCGUUGAAAUCGGGAUCAUCAGAAAUAGACAUCGUCAUCUGCAGACAGCGAGAAAAAUCAGUGGAGUCCAGACAGAGAAACGUCAUCCUCAUGCGCGAGAGUUCGGUCGACUACGAGAACGCAAUAAUUUUAGGAAAGGAAAAACGUGUUGAUAAAUAUGACGUCAGGAUAGACCGUCGGCGGUCGCAGGAUGAGUCGGCUUGUAAUCGCAGCGCGCUAUCUGCGGACGAGCCGGCCGACAGCGCGGCCAACUCGCAUUCACAUUUCCUCAAGGGCCAGAACGCGAGUUACAGCAGCAUGAAUAACAAACUGCUGCGGCGGCAAGUGGUGAGCUACGGCGGGGCUAAUAAAGACGGACUGGCGCUCAGUUGCGCGGGUGAUAUCGUGGACGUGGACGUGCCGGACUGUGCCACGGAUAGGUAUAAGGACAGACAGGACUGUGACAGUGAUAUACAAACGCCGAAUGCCGCGAAUUUCUGCACAUUGCCAAGACGGCCGCGGGCGCCGACGCACACUUACCACACGAUCACGUUUGAGAAGGGACACGGGAAGAAACCGCUGGGAUUCACUAUUGUUGGUGGACGUGACUCUCCCCGGGGACCGCUCGGCAUCUUCAUAAAAAGCAUCCUACCCCAGGGGCAAGCGAUCGACGAUGGCAGAUUAAAAGCAGGAGACGAAGUGCUGGCGGUGAACGGUCAGGCGUGCCAUGAGUUAGCGCAUGUGGAAGCGUUACAACUCUUCAAGUCUGUGAGAAGCGGGUCUAUUGAAUUGAGGGUCUGCAGGAGAGUGAAGAAUUCCCAGUCAACCAAAGCAAAAUCCUGCACAGAUCUUCUGAAUGACGAGGAAUAACUAGCGUUAAAAAAACGAUUGCAUGAUUUUUAAACUUGCAUGAAAAAAUCUUCUAUUCUAUUGGAUGUUAUUUAUUUUAUUUCUACUCAAUCUGAACUGUUUUUAUAGUUAUGAAAUACUUCUGAAAUGAUUCUAUCUAGCUUUAAGAUUUCCGGGACAGUAUGACAUUCGAUAUCGUGAUCGUUUCGCUAAAUCUAUAUCGAAUGUCAUAUUGUACAGAAUGCACUGAUUGUCCUGUUUCUAAGUUAGUAGGUGACUAAUGUAAAAAAGAUUUUAUAGACAUGAUUGUCAUUUCAACAACUAGAAGAUAAAACUAUUGGAAUAUUAAUUGUAUAAUAAUCAUAGUAGAUAAAAAAACUUCAUCAAUAGCACCUAAAUAGGUAUUUUAAUGUUAAUUGUAAUCAGUUAUUUAGCUAUUGACGUGCCAUUCGAGUUAAUAAUAUUUUUUAUUUCAAAAUCUUUGUGAAAAUACUGAAACUGUACCUGAAUUUUUCUUUUCUUCAUUUUCGUUUCGCUCAUUAGUCCAUACUUAAACUAAAAUCCCAAAGAUAAGAAAUAGGUGUUUUAAUACUUCUAAUUUAUCUGCUUUACUGAGAUAAUGUCAGUACA